AUGAAAUCUUCUCGCGUCCUCCUACCACUCUUCAUUCCUUUCCUACUAUCCUCUUUCGUUUCAUCUUAUUCUUCUAAUGACGUUCAACUUUGGUGCAACCAAACUCCGAACCCUCAACCAUGUCAGUAUUUCUUCACCAAUAACCCCACUUAUCAAUACCAACCCAUCAAGCAAAAAUCUGAUUUCUUCAAGCUUUCACUGCAACUUGCUCAACAACGUGCUCUAAAUGCCCAUGUAAGCACCCUCUCACUUGGUUCAAAGUGCAGAAACCCUCGUGAAAAAGCCGCUUGGGCUGAUUGUGUUCAGCUUUAUGAGCAAACCAUUCGUAAACUCAACCAAACCUUAGACCCUAACACCAAGUGUUCCCAACUUGAUACUCAAACAUGGCUCAGCACAGCUCUCACCAACCUUGAGACAUGCAAAGCUGGGUUCUACGACCUUGGCGUUCAGGACUAUCUUCUGCCUUUCAUGUCCAACAAUGUUUCCCAGUUGUUGAGCAACACUUUGGCACUAAACAAAGUUCAAUAUGAAGAAUCAAAUUACAAAGAUGGGUUUCCCGCAUGGGUGAAGCCAGGUGAUAGGAAGUUGUUGCAAGCUUCAUCUCCAGCUUCUAACGCCAACGUAGUGGUGGCAAAAGAUGGGUCUGGAAAGUACACGACGGUUAGUGCAGCCAUAAAUGCUGCACCAAAGAGUAGCAGUGGAAGGUAUGUGAUAUAUGUGAAGGGUGGUGUAUACAAUGAACAAGUUGAGAUAAAAGCAAAUAAUAUAAUGUUGGUGGGGGAUGGUAUUGGAAAGACCAUAAUCACAGGUAGCAAAAGUGUUGGAGGGGGCACCACAACCUUUAGUUCAGCCACUGUUGCUGUUGUUGGAGAUGGAUUUAUAGCACAAGACAUCACGUUUAGAAACACUGCUGGUGCAGCAAACCACCAAGCCGUUGCAUUGCGUUCUGGAUCAGACUUAUCAGUGUUUUACAGAUGCAGUUUCGAAGGUUACCAAGACACACUGUAUGUCUACUCUGAUAGACAAUUCUACAGGGAAUGCGACAUCUAUGGCACGGUUGACUUCAUCUUUGGCAAUGCUGCUGUUGUGUUCCAAAAUUCUAACAUAUUUGCAAGAAACCCGCCCAACAAAGUGAACACCAUCACUGCCCAAGGUCGAACCGAUCCAAACCAAAACACUGGAAUUUCCAUUCACAAUUGCAGAGUCACAGCUGCCUCAGAUUUGACUCCGGUCCAAAACUCGGUUAAGACUUAUCUUGGAAGACCUUGGAAGCAAUAUUCGAGAACAGUUUUCAUGAAGACUUAUCUUGACGGUUUGAUCAAUCCAGCAGGUUGGUUAGAAUGGAGUGGUGACUUUGCAUUGGACACAUUAUAUUAUGGAGAGUACAUGAACACUGGCCCAGGUUCUUCUACUUCUGGAAGAGUUAAUUGGAAAGGUUAUCGUGUGAUAACUACGGCUUCUGAGGCCUUAAAGUUCACCGUUACUAACUUCAUUGCUGGAAACACAUGGUUACCUUCCACCAAAGUUCCUUUUACAUCUUCUCUUUAA